UUUUUACAAAGUUAAUAUUGUAUUACAAAUCUACUGCAGAUGUCGGCGGUUCUUAUUAUUGUGAUCUCUGCAAUGGGUGUAUGGGCUGAAAUAAGCAAUGGAAGUUGUAAAGACAUGCUGCAGGGUUAUCUGACAGGACAGUUGUCGUCUGCUCUAGGAGCAUACCAAGUAGAGGCUUUGAGGCGGGAAUUCAAAAGUUUUACUGACCAAAUUGAAAAAUCAGUGAAGGCAAUUAAAGAAAAAAUAGACGUACAAGAGAUACGAGAAACCAAAAACAAUAGCAUUGUUUACACAAGAUGGGGAAAGAAAACGUGUCCUUCAAACGCCGAGUUAGUUCAAUCAGGUUACACUGGCGGUUCUUGGUAUGACCACAAAGGAGCAGCAGUUGAUCCUUUGUGUUUACCAAGAGAUCCGGAGUGGGGAAUAUAUAGUGAUGGAGAUAAUGGGGGCAGAGCUUUUGUUCAUGGUGCGGAAUACCAAACACACAGCUCCCCCGGAUAUCUGCGCACACUCUAUCAACAUGAUGUACCUUGCGCUGUUUGUCUUCGUCGGAAUAGAUCUGUCGUCAAAAUGUUUCCAGCCAGGAAAACGUGUUACAAAGGAUGGAAGUUAGAAUUCCAUGGUAACCUAAUGGCUGGAUAUCAUGACCACCCAGCCGGUACAAUGUACACCUGUGUUGACGAGCAUCCAGAUACCUUACAUGGAGGUCAUGCCGAUAAAAAUGGUCGACUUUUUUAUCAAGCAGAAGCUCGAUGUGGUUCCUUAAAGUGUCCACCUUAUGUUGAGGGCAGAGAACUUGUAUGUGCUGUUUGUUCUAAAGAAUAAAUACCAU